AAUCUCCAAAUCCCCAGAUUUGAUCCUAAAUCUUCUCCAAAUCCCCCCCAAAUCUCCCCAAAUCCCAGCUCUGACCCCGUUUUCCCCUCAGGGAACAUCGAGACCAACCACAACCUCCCCCCCAGCCACAAAUCCCGCAACAACCUCAUCAGGACCAGCCUGGAUCUCUAUGCCAACGUCAUCCACUGCCAGAGCCUGCCCGGGGUGGAGACGCGGCACCGGGACAUCGACAUCCUCAUCGUCAGGGAGAACACUGAGGGCGAGUACAGCUCCCUGGAGCACGAGGUGUGCCCCAAAACACCCCAAAAACACCCCAAAACCAGCCCCCAAACCAUCCUCAUCGUCAGGGAGAACACCGAGGGGGAGUACAGCUCCCUGGAGCACGAGAGCGUGGCGGGCGUGGUCGAGAGCCUGAAGAUCAUCACGGCCGGGCGCUCGCGCCGCAUCGCCCACUACGCCUUCGGGCUGGCCCGCGCCGCCGCGCGCCGCAGCGUCACCGCCGUGCACAAGGCCAACAUCAUGAAAUUGGGGGACGGGCUGUUCCUGCAGUGCUGCCAGGAAGUGGCGGCCGAGUACCCCGAGAUCACCUUCCGCAGCAUGAUCGUGGACAACACCACCAUGCAGCUGGUGUCCAGGCCGCAGCAGUUCGAUGUGAUGGUGAUGCCGAACCUCUACGGGAACAUCGUCAACAACGUCUGCGCCGGGCUGGUGGGGGGGCCCGGGCUGGUGCCGGGGGCCAACUACGGCCACGACUACGCCGUGUUCGAGACCGCCACGCGGAACACGGGCAAGAGCAUCGCCAACCGCAACAUCGCCAACCCCACGGCGGCGCUGCUGGCCGCCUGCAUGAUGCUGGACCACCUGCGGCUGCAUAACCACGCCUCCACCAUCCGUAAGGCCGUGCUGGCCUCGCUGGAUGACCCCCGGACGCACACGCCGGACAUCGGGGGCCAGGGCACGACGUCGGGGGCGGUGCAGAGCAUCAUCGGGCACCUGCCGCGGGGCUGAGCCGGACACACGGACACAGGGGGGGCGGGGCCUGGGAUGGCCCCGGGAACCCCCCUGGAACAGUCCUGGGACCCCCUGGAACAGCCCCAGACCCCCCCAGAACGGCCCUGGGACCCUGGAACACUCCCAGGACCCCCAGAACACCUCCAGGACCACACCUGACACCUCCAGGACCACACCUGAACACCCCCAGGACCACACCUGACACCCCUGGACCCCAGAACACCCUCAGG